AGAGAGCGAGAGGGAGCAGUCAGUGCUGUAGGGAGGAGGAGAUUGAGUGAAUGAGAGCUGCUGGAUCUGCUGUUUGAUUGUUAUGCUGGGCUGCCUCCUUCCACACUGCACUGGCACAACAGAGUACCCUGCCACCACUACAGACGCUGCUGAUUACCACGCUAGUUAGCCACGGCGCUAACAGGAGACCAAGGGGCCACCAGGAAUCAAGCUAUCCGGGUUUCGCCAUCCUUUGAGCAGGGGACGUAGCCACGUCGUGGAGUGGAGGGGGCUAACACUUCGGUUUAGGCACCCGCUCCUACUUCAUCCCAACAUCCCUCUCCCCACCACCACCACCAGCAGCAGCCCGCUCGCUCCUCCCUAUGCCCUUGUCCUCGGCGGCUCCUCUCAACUCCCUGGCCAGUAUAUGGAUAGAAGCUCUCUGUUUCAGCUCAUACAAGAGCAGCUGGACCCAGACAACACCGGUUUCAUCGCAGUGGAGAACUUCACCAGUCUGGUGGAGCACCAUGAGCUGCAGCUGGACCCCUCCAAACUGGACAUGCUGUUUGCCCUGGUGCAGAGCAACGAGGAUGGACAGGUGUGCUACCAGGAGCUCAUCGAGCUGAUGAGCAGCAAGCGCUCCAGCAGUUUCCGACGGGCCAUCGCCAAUGGCCGCCGCACACUGCAGCGGGAGAUCCUAUUGGAUGAGACGGGCCUGGGCGUGUACAAGCGCUUUGUGCGCUACGUGGCCUAUGAGAUUCUGCCCUGCGAGACAGACCGGCGCUGGUACUUCCACCAGAACAGCUUGUGUCCCCCUCCUGUCUUCAUGGCCAUCAUUACCAUCAUCCAGAUCAUUGUGUUCAUGUGCUAUGGCAUCAUGCUGAAUAAGUGGGUACUACAGACGUACCAGCCAGACUUCAUGAAGAGCUCCCUGGUGUAUCACCCCAGACACCGCCUCCAGGUGUGGCGCUUCUUCAGCUACAUGUUCAUGCACGUUGGGUUGGAACAGCUGGGGUUCAACGCUCUCCUCCAGCUGAUGAUCGGCGUUCCCUUGGAGAUGGUCCAUGGCAUCCUACGCAUCAGUCUGCUCUACAUGGCUGGUGUAGUGGCAGGUUCCCUGACGGUGUCCAUCACAGACAUGCGUGCUCCAGUGGUGGGGGGCUCCGGGGGUGUCUACGCUCUGUGCUCGGCGCAUCUGGCCAACGUCGUCAUGAACUGGGCCGGUAUGCGGUGUCCAUACAAGCUCCUCCGCAUGAUUCUGGCACUGGUGUGCAUGAGUUCGGAGGUGGGCCGUGCCGUGUGGCUGCGCUUCUCCCCGCCCCUGCCCUCCUCGGGGCCCCAGCCCAGCUUCAUGGCACACCUGGCGGGGGCGGUGGUGGGCAUCAGCAUGGGCCUGCUCAUCCUGCGCAGCUACGAGGAGAGCCUGCAGAAGCAGUGCUCCUGGUGGGUCAUCCUCUUCUCCUUCAUCACCUUCCUUCUCUUCGCCAUCUUCUGGAACAUCUUCGCCUACGAGCUGCUGGGGGUGCAGCUUCCACCCGCUCCCUGACACCAAGAAGCUCUCUCUCACUCCAUUACAUUUUCCCUCUCACUGUCACAUGUCAAGACCCAGCGCCUUCGCCGUAUCCUUUUCCUGUCCGCUCAGCCAACCUCCCCGGCAACACCAUUCAAAACACAGGAAGUUAUUUAAUUCAAAACUGUACAGAGCAGGAAUAUUUUUUCCCAAUGUACCCAUAUCAUCAUAGAAUGAUCUCUGUUUUGUGGUGGGAGGGAACUUGGUAGCAAUAUAUGCAGGUGAAAGAUGUGUAGCUGUCUUCAUAUUCUCAUUGUGGAGCAUCCCUUUUGUCUUUUGUGUUGAAGCUCAACCCAGCUUCAGGUCGAACCUGUCAGAGAGCCAUUUUGAUUAACACCAUGCAGCGUCAGCUCUCCUUUGCGUUCAGAGUGACCCUUGAGGUGCUUCUUACUGGACAGAUGUGUGUUCUGUCAGAAUUCCUCACUGCCCCUUUUAAAGACAUGAGGCAGAAGGACACCAGUGUUCUACUGCUCAACAUGCACCUAAACACUAGAUCUACACUGUGGAAUAAGAAUAGGAAUUCACAGGAAUAGGUAUUACAUGUAACAAGGCAUGCAGCUAGGGAGGUGGAAAAGACAGAGAAGAAAAAAAAUCUAUGCUGAAACCGUGAUAUCCUAUUUCCCCACCAUCACCACUGUGGUGCUCAUGUCCCUAGUAGCCAUUGUCACUCUCAUUUUCCACCCAACCUAAAUGCUUCAGCAGGUUAGCAUAAUCUCUAGCAGUACCAUACCCUAGCCUGCUAAAGCACCAGCAUCUCAUCUAGCUCAUGCUCUAAGGUCCAAACUGAGACGUGUGCUCUUUACACCCCGGACACACCAACCCGCACCCUUCUCCUGUGUCACCGUCUCCAAGAACAACCACUGCCUGAUGCUGUAAGUCAGCGCGGGAACGCAAAGAGAGCGACACAGGCCUCUGUCUAUUCUCACUCUAACAGACGGAACUGGGGAGGGCAACGGACAUGUCAUCAUCGCCUGACCUCUGACCUUCGUGUCCCAGCGGGCAUUGGGUUCAGUCUGUCAAAGCCCAGUCUAUACCUCAGUGUCUCAUUCUUAGGGACUGUAUACUUUUGUAAAGGAAUGUACACAUAAAAAGGAGUGUUAAUCAUU